CAGAUGACACAUACGGGAGUCGUAAGUGGUGCGGCAGACACGUAUGGGGAGUAAGUAGACACAUAUAUUAGGGGUGCACGUCAAACGCCGCGGGGCAGGGGGCGGGGAGGUCAUUGGGAUGGACGACAACACGGAGGAAGUCAUCAAUGACAGCACCGUAGAAAUAAAGCUUCCAACGGCGCAGUCAGAGAAAAUAGGUGCCAAUGAACCGGUGGAGCAGCUGCAGCGACCCACCAGGACGGAAAAGGGAAAAAACGACUUCGUGCAGCGAUUGCCUGAGGAGGCACUCAGUUGCAGCACGCAUUCAACACCCCUCCAGCAAGGCAAAACGACGAAAAUAAACGAUGAAAUAUUAUCAGCGGACCCAGGCAACGAUCCUAAUUUAAAGAAACGGGAGCGGUGCGAGGAAAUGGAGGACAAGGACGAUUUGAUUCCCAAAAAGAGGCCCAAAGAGUUCAAGACGUGGUUUCCGUCUUCUGCCCACAUUAGCACCGUCCCCCUCCUGAUGCCUUUUUCUCCCUCGCCUCCGCCCUCUUCUACAUCACCGUCACACUCUCGCCCAGCACCCCCGUCCCUCAAUGGUGACAUGCCGCUUCUACGCCCACCCUUCCCUCCCUCCUUCCCGCCUUGUUCCCCUCCCACAGAUGUGGCAUGUCGCACCCCUCUUCGUACGGCCCACCUCAGCAAAGACGGUACCGCGCUUGUGUGGGAUGCAGCCACAGUCUUGGAACUGCGUGGAAAGCACCGAGUCCUUUCCCGCGCGCUUGGCAUGGGCUCCAUUCGGGUGUCGGCGGUGCAGCGGGCGGUGCCCGUGGCCGUCAUGCCAUCUGCCCUGUCCCUCAUGGUUGACGAGGGCAUCUUGAGUAUGGGGGAAGAAGCCCCGCGGGCGGACACGGACUAUUUCGACAAGCGGGUCGUGGACGCGGCGGCUGUGCGGGCGAUUGAGGAGGAACGGGAGGAGAACAAACGGUGA